CUGAAACUGAAACUGAAUUCCGAGUCUCUUGUUCUAAAUCAAGAAAGGAUGCAGCAUACAGAUAAGUGCCUCACUGAAUCUCGUUUUAGACGCCUGAUCCUGCGCGCCAAGCCGCCCUGUAAAUCCAUUACGCAGACUCACUCACGUGCGUCCCUGCCAAGGCUUGGUCGUGUCCUCCCGUCACGUCUCUCCUCGCCGGGAUCCCAACCCAAGCCGUUGGCAUACAUGCAUGCCAGUGCCAGUAUAUAUCGGCAUCAGCAGCCAAGAGCGAGCAGAGGAGGCCGUUGCCCGCAGGGGAAGACACCAUGAGAGCCACGUCGCUGCUGCUGCUGGCUGCGGCCGCGGUGCUCGCCGCUGGCAUGGUCAUGGCGGUAGCGGAAGCGGCGGUGCCGCCGCCGCUGCCGGUGCUGCCGAUCCCAUCGGCGGCGCAGCUGGCGUGGCAGCGGCGGGAGGUUAUCAUGUUCUUCCACUUCGGGAUGAACACCUUCACCGACUCCGAGUGGGGCACGGGGGCCGAGCACCCGUCCCUGUUCGCCCCGUCCGCGCUCAACGCCACCCAGUGGAUGGACGCCGCGGAGGCCGCCGGUGCCUCGCUCGCCAUCCUCGUCGCCAAGCACCACGACGGGUUCUGCCUCUGGCCCUCCUCCUACACGGCCCACUCCGUGCGCGCCAGCCCCUGGCACGGCGGCGCCAGCGACCUCGUGCGCGAGUUCACCGACGCGGCGCGCGCUCGGGGGAUCGAUCCCGGGCUUUACCUCUCGCCGUGGGACCGCCACGACGAGCGGUACGGCCGCGAGGUCGAGUACAACGAGUACUACCUCGCCCAGCUCCACGAGCUCCUCACCGGGUACGGCAAGGUAUCGGAGAUCUGGUUCGACGGCGCCAAGGGCAAGAACGCGACCAACAUGACGUACCAUUUCCAGGAGUGGUUCCAGACGGUGAGGCAGCUGCAGAGCGCCAUCAACAUCUUCUCCGACGCCGGGCCCGACGUCCGGUGGGUCGGCGACGAGAAGGGCUUCGCCGGGACAACCUGCUGGUCCACCGUCAACCGCUCCUCCAUAACAAUCGGCGCCGAAGGCAUUGAGAAGUACAUCAACACCGGCGACCCGCGGGGCACCGACUGGGUGCCGCCGGAGUGCGACGUGUCGAUCCGGCCGGGCUGGUUCUGGCACCGGAACGAGACGGCCAAGCCGCUGAGCCAGCUGCUGAGGAUAUACUACAACUCGGUGGGCCGGAACUGCGUGCUGCUGCUCAACGCGCCGCCCAACACCACGGGCCUGGUGGAGGACGCCGACAUCGCCAGGCUCCGCGAGUUCCGCGCCGCCGUCACGCGCAUCUUCGGCACGGACCUCGCGAAAGGCAGCACCGCGAAGGCCAGCAGCGAGCGGGGCGCCGGCUUCGAAGCGCACAAGGUGCUCGACGGGUCCGACGACACCUACUGGGCGCCGACGGCGGAGGACGGGCGCAGGAACGGGUACUGGAUCGAGCUGCGGCGACCGGCGGCUCGGCCGUUCAACGUGGUGAGGAUCCAGGAGCACGUGGCGCUGGGGCAGCGCGUGGAGCGGCACCAGGUGUUCGUGGACGGCGUGGCCGUGGCGACCGGCACGACGGUGGGGCACAAGCGGCUGCACCGGCUGGCCCGCCCCGUCGCCGGCCGGACGGUGAAGGUGUGGCUGGCGGCGCGGGGUGGGGUGCCGCUGGUGUCGGCGGUGGGGCUCCACCUCGACCCAUACGCAACCGACGUGAUGUGACGACCGUCGGGUCGCAGGGCGCGAACUCAAUAAUUGUUGUUACAUCGUCGCAUCCAAGCUGUUGGGCGUGAUGGUGAUAGUGAUACUGAUACAUAGAUGCAUUUCUCCGCAUUUUUUCGGAUGGAUUCCGGUCAAAAUUCAAACUCAAAUCUUCCGCCUUAUUGAUUUUGAAGUGCCGAAAAUAAAACGCCUU